UGUGCGUUCUGAAUGAAAAAUGGUUGUUGUUUCUCCGAAGAAAAAUCAUAAGAAAUAAUAAUGAGUUCCCGUAUUGACAACAUAAUACCAAGACUAGCAGAAGCUGUCGAAACUGUUAUGAACCCGUCUGUAGGGCACAAUGACCGUCUUACAGCUCAUAAGAUUUGUGAAGAAUUCAAAGAAUCCUCCCCAGAUUGUCUACCUUGUGGGUUGGUUUUAGCAGGAAAACAGUUUUCUCCCAUUCUAAGACACUUUGGUUUACAGUUAGUUGAACACUGUAUCAAGUUUCGAUGGCAUAUUAUGUCACAAAAUGAUAAGGAUAAUUUAAAGAAAAGUUCAAUGGAAUUAGUUGAUCAGGGCACACACAGUCUACUGGAGGAGGAGCUGCAUAUCAAAGAUGGCGUGUCUCGGAUCAUGGUGGAGCUAAUCAAAAGGGAAUGGCCUCAACUCUGGCCGUCAUUACUCACCGAACUACAUGACCUGUGUCAGCAUGGGGAGACUCAGACGGAGCUGGUGCUGAUGAUCUUCCAUCGUCUGGUGGAGGAUGUGGUGGCGUUCCAGAACCUGCCUCAUCAGCGGCGGCGGGAGGUGCUGCAGGCUCUCACCUCACAGAUGACACAGCUGUUCCACUUCUUCCUCACCCUGCUGGAGAACAACACCACACUCUACAGGAAGCUGUCAGGAUCUGAGAACGAGCUGGAGAAGCUGAAAGCCCUGGCAGCGUGUCGUGUGAGUGAGGCAGUUCUGUCAACUCUCACAGGGUUUGUGGACUGGGUCAACAUGUCCCACAUUGUUGAGAGAGACGGACGCCUCUUGCAGCUCCUCUGUUUGUUGCUAAGUGACAGCAGCCUGCAGUUGUCUGCAGCAGAAUGUCUUCUGCUUAUCGUCAGUCGAAAGGGUAAGCUGGAAGAAAGAAAGCCAUUGUUGGUGUUGUUCAGUGAAGAUGCCAUGGCAACAAUACUUAAUGCUGCAGUAGCUGCAGAGAAGUCAUCUCGGGAUGAGUAUUAUUACCUGUUCCUCAAGAGGUUGUGUCAGGUGCUGACAGAGACUGGGAAACAGCUCUGUGUUUUAUGGGGCUCAACAGAGAGUGUCACCCAGCCUCCUAACUUUUCCACAUAUCUUCAAGCUCUCUUGGCAUUCUCGGAACACCCUAGUCAGAUGUUAGGCAGCUACACCCAGACUCUAUGGAGUUCUCUGCUUCGGCAUGAAAGUAUUUCAGAGGAUCCAGUUCUUGUCUCCUUCAUACCUCAUCUUGUCAAGUCCAUGACUAAAACACUAUUAAAGGUGGGCUUUCCCAGUCAGAACAACUCUCCCAGCUGUGAAUAUGCAAGGUUGGAUUUUGACAGUGAUGAGGAAUUUAACAUGUUCUUUGCAAGGUACAAGGUGGACAUUGCAUUCACGUUGCGGGCAGCGACACUGCUGGAGCCCAAGAUCACCUUCAAUAUAGCCAUGGAGUGGCUUCACGAACAGCUGCAUAAGCCUGUUGCCACGGGGGAAGGUCAAGACAAGAGCUACUGCACAUUCAGCUCGCCUUCCUUCCUGGAGUGGGAUGCCCUGACAGUGUUCCUGGAGAGUGUCAUGUCACGGCUCUUCAUCUCCCAGAAACCAAAACCAGAAGUCCAGGAGGGCAUCGACAUGCUGCAGAGGGUGCUGGACUACCAGACACAGGACCCCCUGAUCCUGUCCUGCUUGUUGUCGUGUGUGUCUGCUCUGUUCCCGUUCCUCACCUACACCCCAGAGAGGCUGCCAGUGGUGCUGGAGAAGAUAUUCCAUGCAGUUGUGUUCAACCUGUUCGGGCAGACCAAGUCCACAAGGAGUCGUGCUGUGAAGAAUGUGAGACAGCAUGCAUGCUCUGUGUUGGUGAAGAUCUGCAAGCAAUACCCCGACCUCCUGUUUCCCGUGUUUGACCGGCUGUAUGAUCACAUCAAACACAUCAGUAAGGACCCAGAGCAGCUAUCCCAGAUGGAGAAGUGUAUACUCACAGAAGCCCUUAUACUCAUCAGCAAUCAGUUCAAAGAUUUCAACAAGCAGUCGUCAUUUAUAGAAGAAGUUCUAUCUCCUGUCAAGGAAUUGUGGGUCUCUCCAGAAUUCACAGAAGCAUUCAGUAGUCCAGCCAAGUUCAUGUCAUAUGUUGGUCUAGAUCAGCCUCCAGUGGAGCCCAGUUCAGCUGACACUUGUGGUAUUAACAGGUCACAUAUAAGUUAUUGUAUCAACACUAUCCUAGCUGUGAUGAAGAGAACCAAGUGGCCGGAUGAUAUGCAGGUGGCGCAGAACGGGGGCUUUGCCAACGGUAACCAGAGCAAUGGCGGCCCCAUCCUCAGGAACCCUGCCACGCCCCACAUCAGCCAGCUGCUGGAGAACCUCAUGUCACUCAUCAAAACCCUGAGUCAGUUAUGGUUGCCUGAAUUCCUCAAACUGAGACACCCUGACUUUGCAAUGGCCUAUGAUUUACAAGACAACGAGAAACUGCAAAUACUAGGUAUCCCUCCGCCAUGCAACGACAGCACAGAAACAACCACAUCCAAACAUCCCCUGGAGAGAAUGCAGAACUUCCUCUCCAUCAUCUAUGAAAACUGCUUCCACAUCCUGGGCAAUGCUGGUCAGUGCCUGGGCUACGAGUUCUACACAGCACCAGGACUCGUGGAGUACGUCCUCAAGUCAGUCAUCCAGCAGCUCCAUCACAUCCCGGACUACAGACUCCGGCCCAUCAUCCGUGUGUUCAUGAAGCCAUUUGUCCAGAACUGCCCCAAGGAGUGUCAGACAACAGCUCUGCUGCCCAUCCUGUCCACUCUCUGCCCCUACAUGCUACAGAGGCUCAGUGUCAAAUGGAACCAAAUAAAUCUCAGAUUUGAGAAGUCUGAAAAUGGUGGCGAAAAGGAGCAGGAGGAAGCUGAGGUAUUGGAGGACCAGCUGACCAGGCAGCUGUCUCGGGAGUAUAUGGAGCUGCUAGGUUGUGUAUGCUACUCCCGGAAGUCCAACAUGGAGUCGUCAGAUGAUGUAACCAUGGAGGAGACAGACAACAGUGCAGCUCAGUCUAGUCAACCCAGCAAGGAUGAUAGUCUCAGUGAACUCGGACAGCAGUGUAUGAAGACAGAGAGUCUGUUCCCCUCCAUCUUGCUGUGUGUGUACAGUGGACUAUCUUGGAAUGAUACGACGGCCUGUAACAAAUGUGUCAACCUAGCCUGGCCGCUAGUCAAACAGCUGCAGUCAGAUGAUGUGAUGACCCACGAGGCAGCAUCUCACGUCUUCAUGUCCGUGCUGACCGCCCUGCAGGUGCAUGGCCAACAUGAGGGCUCCCAGGCCAUGUUGCUGGGGCUAGGGCUGCAGCUGUAUGAGGCACUGAGGCCGUCAUUCCCAGACCUUGCCAAAAUUCUUCUUCAGAUAACAGAUGUUACACAUCCAUUGGUGCAGUCUUUUGAUGACAAAAUCCUCCAGUCCAGCCCUCAGAAACAACACUCCGAGAAGAAAAAGAAGGAAGCUUUCAAGAAGCUUGUGUCUGGAAUUAUAGGGAAAAAUAUUGGUCAGCAGUUUAAGCGUGAAGUCCACUACCAGAAUCUGCCACCGAUGUUCCGGCACCGCCACAAAAACCCGUCAGUGGAUGAUGUUGAGAAAUCGGACAUUGGAUUGUGCCAGUUGUUUAAACCUGAUCCUCCUCUAAGGAAAUGAUGUUAAUGCUGUGUGUUUAAAUGCCUGAUGUCGGAUAAAAAUCUUAAUUCCAUAAGUUUAGAGGUUGGAAGUGGGUGGGUAGCGGUAUGGGUGUGGGGGUAAACACGUCAUCUGGUUUCUGAAAGCAGCUUUUCAGGGUUGUUGCAGUUUAAGUAAAUUGUCAGUAUCAUAGGUAUAACAACAUUAAAAUCUAAGAGUUUAAAAACUGUUGUUUUGGUAUUACUCUGCAGCUUUGAAGAAAAUCUGGGCAGCUGUGCAAUUUUUAUUUGUUUGUUUUUCCUUCUGAAAUGUCUUUGAAGAAUAAGAGGGGUAUGUAUAAAAAUGUAAGGAAUUAACUUUCUUAUCCGACAUUGAAUUUCCAAGUUAGUCCCUAACCAAUGAAAGCAAAAACACCAAGUGAUUCUUGAAAUGAAAGAUGGAAAUGUGUCGAGACUAAGGUUUUAAUGGAUUCAACAGAAGAUCACUGACGAUAAAUUGGUCUUCCUGAGAACAACACUACAGUGUCUCAUCCCAUUCUUAGCAUUGUCUUCAUGGAGGUGUUCAUCAUGAGAGAACCUGCCCACAACAGAGACUGCAAGAAAAAUAUGACAGAAUAUUAUGGAUGUUUUAUGUGCGGGAAGUAUUUGUUCAUCACGGCUUAUUGCCCUUUGUGUGAAUGAAGUGACAUCCUUAUGAAUUUUGUGAACUGGGUAGUAGUUUUCCUUGAAGUUGUGCCAUCUUUUUAACCUCUGUAGAUGCGUCAUUGUAAUUCUAGAUCAACAGCGACUGAUUUAAAUUCAGUCCCAAAUUAGCGGGUCACGGAUUUUGUCUACAGCUGGAGAUUCCUCAAGACCAUCGAGUCUGCCUUUUGAAAAAGGAGUUCUGUAUUUGUAAACAAGCAUUGUCAAAACUUCAUGAGUUUGUACACACUACAUUCGUGUUAUGUGGAUACAUGCAGCGAUGCCCUGGUCUGUUUUAGUAAGGGAACAUAAUGAAGCUGUUUCUUAAAUCUAUUGUCCCGUUACCUGAUGCUGAAGGAAUACGUGUAGAGUGAAAACAACGUGGCUGAAGUACACAAUGCAUAUUCACUCACAUGACUGACUGAGUUUGGUUUUACGCCGCUUUUAGCAAUAUUCCAGCUACAUCACGGCGGGGGAACACCAGAAAUAGGCUUCACAUAUUGUACCCAUGUGGGGAUUCGAACCCGGGUCUUCGGCGUGACGAGCCAACGCUUUAACCACUAGGCUAACCACCGCCCCUCAGUCACAUGAGAAACUUUGUGUGCUGUGAAAGCCGAGCAUCAUCAGAAAUUGUGUUUCAUCUUUUCUUUUUCAAAAGUGGUAAACAUCUCACUCACAAGCUAUACAGUCAAAUGUUUCAUGAAUGACUGAACUGUUAAUAACAUCUAUGCUUGGGUUACCAAAAUUGACUACUGUAUUUCCCGUUAAAUGUAAUGUGUCUUUUUCUGUUGUUUGUGAACAAAAUGUUGAAAUACUCUUAUUACAACUUCCAUUGGUUAUCCAACAUAUUACGUCAAUAAUACAUUGGUACCUCACUGACUGCUCAUAGAAACCUGUGAUUGUAGGUUUGAAUCCCACAUCAUUCAGGUUUGUCUGUACCAUACCCUAGCUUGUGGGUUUACCCGAAGUGAUUGAUCGGUAUUCGUUGGUGAAACAGUGUUGAAGCAUACAACUUUAUGGAUGACAAUUUCUUGUUUAUAGCAUAGAACGAUGUUGGUGUAGAUUGUUACACCAUUAUCACACCAAAAUGUCGCUCUAUACAAUAAAACAAGAAGUUGACAUCCAUGAAGUUGUAUGGUUCAUCAUUCCCCGAGUGGUCAGCAUCCAGGCACUGCAUCACUCAGGUUGGCAUCCCACAUCAAGCUGACACACCGUGGUGUAACUGAAAUACUGUGUAAUAUUUUAGUCCCUUGAAAUGGUGCUAUGCUUGGUAGGCAUUGUCAUAUUUUCAGGAAUUUAGGCUAUGCUGUUGUUCAGUAUUGUUUGUUGAUGCAGAUGUAUGAAUGAAAUUUUAACAUGAAAAAAGAUGAUUGAUGCUGUAGUUAAUAAUUCUAUUUAUUGUUGUGCUAUAUGAUGUUGGGUAGUAACUGAAUCUCAUCUGAUCUCAUUUUAACAAGCUCGCGACGUAAUGUUAAGCCAAGCUCUGGAAUGUUAAGUCAAGCUCUUGAAAUAGGAAGUGUAGCUCUUGGAGUGUGAAUUAAACCUCUAAGAUGUGAAGUGUCUCUAUGGAAUUCAUCUCUGAGAUACGCGACAUACGAAACAUAUGACCUGGUUCAUUGCUGGUCAUAUUGCUCACAUCCCUCACUGUUUUCCCACCAUUACAUAACUGUAUUGAUGUCAAGAAUGGUAUUAUACAGCAAACAAAGAAAGUUGUGAAUUAUAAAUACAUUUUGUAGGACAGAAUGGGAUGUCCUGAUCAGACAUUUUUGAAAGCAUAGUAGAUAUUCAUUCCAGGUGUAAAUAUGGAUUUUAAGAACGUUGGUAGCUGCCUGCUUCAUAUUGGUACUGACCUAAUCAUUCUGUUGAUGCAAUCAAUUUAUAAUAAAGCAGUUACUAUCGUGAACUGUGAUAGCUGAA